AUGUCCAUGAGGAGCCCCGUUUCGGCGCAGCUGGAGCUCGAUGGAGCCGGCGCCAUGGUGAACUGCAGCAUCAAGACGGAGGAGAAGAAGGAGGGUUGUCCCGAGUGGUCCCCGGGGGCUGCGGCCGGCGCCGAGCCCGGCGCCACCGACCCGCCCGCGCCGCCCAGCGCCGACACCGCCGCCGACCCCCCGGCGCUGCCCCAGGAGCCCUGCUCGCCGGGCGGCGACGCGCAGGAUUCCGGGCGCGCGGAGCCGGCCGCGGGCGCCCAGGAGAAGCUGGACUUCAACAGGAACCUCCAAGAGGCCGUGAUGCCCACCCUGGAGAAGCUGCUCUGCAGCGACUGGAAGGAGCGGCUGCUGGGACGGGGCGCCGCGGAGCCCAAGGAAGUGAAAGGAACCCAGGAGAGCCUGGCGGAGAAAGAGCUGCAGCUCCUCGUCAUGAUCAACCAGCUGUCCACGCUGCGGGACCAGCUCCUGACGGCGCACUCGGAGCAGAAGAACAUGGCAGCGAUGCUCUUCGAGAAGCAGCAGCAGCAGAUGGAGCUGGCACGGCAGCAGCAGGAGCAGAUCGCCAAGCAGCAGCAGCAGCUCAUCCAGCAGCAGCACAAAAUCAACCUGCUGCAGCAGCAGAUCCAGCAGGUCAACAUGCCCUACGUGAUGAUUCCCGCCUUCACGCCCGGCCACCAGCCCCUUCCCGUGGCGCCGGACUCCCCGCUGGCUCUGCCCAUCCAGCCCAUCCCGUGCAAGCCAGUGGAUUAUCCCGUGCAGCUGCUGCACAGCCCCCCGCCUCCCCCGCUGAAGAGGGCCAGCGGCUCCGGCCACCUCCCCGUGCAGGAAGCCCCGCAGCCGCUCAACCUGACGGCCAAGCCCAAAGGCUCCGAGCUGCCCAGUGCCUCCAGUUCGCCCAGCUUGAAGAUGAGCAGCUGCCAGUCCCUGGCUCCCGGCCACGGGGCCGCCAGGGAGCUGCAGGCGAGCCCUUCCAACCUGCCCUUAGGGUUCCUGGGCGAAGGCGACGCUAUCACCAAAGCCAUCCAGGACGCGCGGCAGCUGCUGCACGGCCACGGCAGCACCGUGGAGGGCACCCUGAGUAACCCCUACCGCAAGGACCACGUUGGGAUCGAUUCUUCCCCGGGGAAGGAGCGCAUGGAGGAGACCCCGGCGCACAGGCUGGACGAGGCUCUCUUGACCUGCGACAUGGACGGGUCGAGACCCUUCCCCGAGUCCAGGAACAACAACCACAUAAAGCGGCCCAUGAACGCCUUCAUGGUGUGGGCGAAGGACGAGAGGCGGAAGAUCUUGCAGGCCUUCCCGGACAUGCACAACUCCAGCAUCAGCAAGAUCCUGGGCUCCCGCUGGAAGUCCAUGACCAACCAGGAGAAGCAGCCCUACUACGAGGAGCAGGCGCGCCUGAGCCGGCAGCACCUGGAGAAGUACCCCGACUACAAGUACAAGCCGCGGCCCAAGCGCACGUGCAUCGUGGAGGGCAAGCGGCUGCGCGUGGGCGAGUACAAGGCGCUCAUGAGGACCCGGCGGCAGGACGCCAGGCAGGGCUACGCCAUCGGGCCCCCGGGCGGCGCGCUGCCCGCCGAGGCGCUGUUCCCGCGGGCGCUGGCGGAGCGCUACGCGCCGCGCGCCCUGGAGCCCGGCAUGCCCGUCAUCGUCAACACGUGCAGCCUGCAGGAGGGUGACGGCGGGCGCCCGGCGCCCGGCGCCUUCCGCUACAGCGACGACGAGGACUCCGAGGGCGAGGACAAGAGCGACGGGGAGCUCGUGGUGCUCACGGAUUGAGCGCGGGCCGGCGGGGAGCGGAGGGCGCUCCCGCUGGGGCUCGGCUCCACGCAGCCAGGAGAUGCCCCUGCUCCGCAUGCGCCUUUUGCAACGGGGAAGAGCAACAACCGCCGCGCACCGCGGCCGGCACCGGUCGCCAUCCCGCGGGGACCCAGCAGGGAUGCUCCGAGCCGUCCCUGUGGCUUUUCCUGCUCAUCCGGCAGAGCAAAUCCCCACGGAGCUUGUUUUAGCUCUCGGCUUUCUUAAGCACAAGCCGAGGGCUCAUGGGGGCCUCGCUGCUUCCUGCAACUCGUGCCCGGCCUGUAAAUAAAGCGCACGGCCCCGGCGCUGCAAAGACUGCAGAGGAAGAGCGAAACGGCAGCGAUUCGCCAAGCAAACCAAAAAAGCACGGAAAUUCUGCAAAAGCGGCUCGCAAGCGCCCCGCCGGGGCGGCGC